AUGGUUGCCUGUUUUGGUAACAGUUUAUGUACACCUAUCUGCAGGGACAUGGGAAUGGAGGUCGUCGGAGCUGAAGCUGCACCAGCACAGGUUAAAGUAGCUGAUGAGGAAGUGACCCUUUUUCAAGACAAGGAAAGCCAAGCAACUGCAAAGGAGCGGGAGGAAGCAGCUGUUUUUGGUUCAGACAAUGGCAAAGCUGCGGCAAAUGACAUGGCACCUCCAAAGGACGCAGCGGAGGAGUGGCCUGAACCUAAGCAAACUUAUACCUUCUACUUUGUCAAGGUCCGCUCAUUUGAGGACCCUAAGCUGAGAGCAAAACUCGAGCAGGCUGAGAAGGACUUCCAAAAUAAGAUCCAAGCUCGGGCCAAGAUUAUUGAUGCUAUAAAAGCUAAAAAGACUGAGCGUGCUGCUGUUCUCGCGGAGCUAAGGCCAUUGAGUGCUGAGAACAGGCAGUACAAUGAAGCUUUUAAUGAGAAGUUGGAGGAGAUGAAACCUUACAGAAACCGUUUAGGCAAGUUCCGUGAUGAAAAUAAUGCCAUGCGGGCGGAGAGUGCAGGCUUGUGCUCUUCACUCGAAGAGCUUGAGCAUGAGAUCAAGAGAUUGAAUCACCGCAUAAGUCAUGAGAGCAUAUCUUUAGAUGAGGAGAAACGGCUGAUCAAAGAAAUUAAGACCCUUGAAAAAACCAGACCGAAGGUCAGUUCCAAUGCUGCUAAACGAGCUAAAAUGCAAGAUACAGUGGUUGAAAGAGAUGCCAUACAGGAUCAGGUGAAACUCAUCGGGGAUGGUAUAGAUGGAGUAAAGAAGGAGCGACAAGCAGUCAGGUCUAAGAUUAAGGUCCUGGACGAUGAGAUGAGGGUUGUUGAUGGCGAGAUUGCUUUGCUUCAAGAAGAUUUAAAUGCAGCUACCGCCAGAAAGGAUAAAGCGUAUGAGUCAUUGACCGAAUUGAGAAAAGCGCGUGAUCUUGCCAAUGCAUCCUUCCAUCAAAACCGCAUAGUUCUGAACAGAGCCAGGGAUUAUUCUUCUAGGAAUGAGGUGGAAGAAUUGCAAGAGCUCCACAAGACUGAGGUUGAGAAGUUCAUGACACAAUGGUGCGGCAGCAAGACCUUUAGAGAGGACUACGAGAAGAGGAUCCUCACUUCCCUCAAUGGACGACAGCUGACCCGAGAUGGCCGGAUGAGGAAUCCUGAUGAGAAGCCCAUAUUUAUCGAAACACAGCAGCCAGCAGCACCUGUGCAACAGGAGCCUAUCCCAUCAAAAGCGCCUUUGAAACAAGCAAAGGAAGCUGCUGCUCCUCAAGUCGCCCCCAAAGAAGAGCCCCUUGCAAAAGCAUCUGCCAAGUCAGCUAAGGUAAAAGCUGCUGUGGAUGCUGAUGAUGAUGCCUAUGAGGCUGAGCCUCCAAAGGAGAAGCCCAAGCCUAAAGAGGUUGAUGUAGCAAAGUUGAAAGAGAUCAAGAGACAGGAGGAAAUCGAGAAGAAUAGACUUGCUUUGGAAAGGAAGAAGAAACAGGCCGAGAAGCAAGCAGCGAAGGCUGCAGCCCGAGCACAAAAGGAAGCCGAGAAGAAGCUUAAGAAAGAGGAGAAGAAAACCAAGAAGAAAACUGAGGCAGCUGACACCGACGAGCCAACUGACUCAGACACCAAGUCUGAUGAAGCAGCAGAAACCCAAGCAGAGGAUGAGUCUACUCCAGUUCCUGUAGUGAACAAAGAACAGAAGCAGAACACACGGACCAGGAAUGUAGUCACCAAGACCAAGGCGCCGCUGCCAAAGGCGAUCCUGAAGAGGAAGAAAGCCCAGUCGUACCGGUCAUGGGCCACCCCAGCCAUGGUGAUAUCCGCCGUUGCCGUGCUCGUCGCCCUGCUCGCCGCGCUGGGCUACUACCAGUACUACCGCCCGGCGACCACCAGCAACUGA